AGCCAGCCAGCCAGCCCUCGGGUACAAGCCUCAGCUGAUGCAUGAAUGAAUAAGGAUCAGUGAAAAUCAAAGCCUCAUAAUCUGAUGCUCGGAGUUCAAUCGGAGUGUCGUGUGCGUGGUUCGCUUGACUCAGCUUGACUUGACUUCACUGCCGCCGCUUCUGCUGCUGCUGCUGCUGCUUAAAAGCUUGACUUCACUACUGGCUGCCCCCGCCUCCUCUCCCUCCAUCCCUCCCUCUCAUUUUCUUUCUUUCUCUUUCUCUUGCUCUUGCUUUCUUUGUCUCCGAAAUCUAUUCUCGAUUCCCGACGUCGAUUUUUCCACAAUCCGGAUCAAAAUCUUUCGAAGAUCUUUCGUCGAAUACUAACGACUUGUCGGCACCAGUCAGUCCAGUCCAGUCCAGUCCAGAACAGAAGGUACUGUCCUUUCUUCGGCUCUCGAGUGCAAUUCUCUACGUGAAAGAAAAGUACAGCGUACUACUGCGCGUGCCUGCAGAGAAUCAGUUCGCGCAUCGACACUAGAGAGAGAUAGAGAUAGAGAGAGAGAGAGAGAGAGAGAAAAUGAGAGAUUGCAGUGGUUUGGACGCCUGAGGGGGCGAUGGAGGGCUUGGCAUGUAGUGAGUAAGAGCAGACGCAGACAGUGUGGGCAGAGGGCGAUGGCGGGUGUACAAUCUUGAGAUGGCAGCAGGUCCGCAAGGACGAGGUGGUGGUGGCGGGCGGAGAAAGGGCGAGAGUGGUGAAUGGCCCUAAACGCGUCGCAUGGCGGCCAUGAGUCCGUUGGAGCAUGGAAAGAAAGAUCUUUCGGGUGUUCUUGACCGUGAGCCAUCGGAGGGAUGGGGCUCGUUCAAUCAAUCGAUCGACGUGAUGCCAGGACAAGGACAAGGACAGACGACGACGACGACUGCAAGGACAGACGGAAAGAACCCCGCCCUGAUCGGAUCUUGAACGAUCGAUCGUAAACCCUCGCAUGCAGCAGCAGCGGCACAGGUAGUCGACGACGACGCCUUGUCUCGUCGAGUCGACACGCAUUCUUGAUUGCGACGCGAGUCUUGGAACCUUUGGUGGCGGUCGUCUGCUGCAGCCGCUGCGACUGUCUGCCGGUUAGUGGAUGCCAUGGCCUCGGGGUUCUUCUUGACCACUUUGUACUUUAUCUUCGCAAGUCUCGUCGGCACUUUUGGCAUUAAAUGGCUCUACGACAAGGCCCCUUCUUUCACAAAACUGCUCAUCCUGCUCGUGAAUACGGCAAUUAUCUGCUGCUAUCUGAUUUGGGUCAUCGUCUGGAUGGCACAGUGGAAUCCACUCGUAGUUCCGAUAUUGAAAAAUCCAAACGAGUGACAAAGUAUACACUGAGCUCAGCUUUUUUCUUCUCUCUCCGGGGAUCUCUCAAGCAUUGGGAGGCCCUGGACAUUUGGGGACUCCCUGCAAAUUUAGACCGGAGACUUUUGAGAGCGAGUUGAAUAUUCUUUGGUUCUGUUCAGCCGGUGACUGCGAUGAUGCGGUUUGCAAUAUCUUUGUGGCCAGAUGGUACUUUGUCCUUGUAAUGGCUACCGGUAGUGUGGUCGGAGCUGUGGACAUCUAGCAAUCAAGGCCGAGAUUUGCCUCAUUAAAUUCGGUGACAGUCCGUUGCUGGUGACAUAGCAGCCAUGUACUAUGAUUUCGGUCUGGGUCUCGGAUUGGGUCGGAUUGGAUGGUACAGCGGCAUCCUCGCAUGGGGCUGGAGGGAGGAGAAUGAUGGAACUCACAUCUCUGAAUCCGGAUGCAAGCCCCCUCAUGAUAGGAAAAGCAAAAGCUUGCGAGCUGCCAUUAGCAGGCAGGGAGUGUGAAUGAGUGGCCUAAGAAGAGAAAAAUUCUGGUAACAGCCUAAGAGGCGCACGCUAUCUAUCAAUUGAUUUUACAGUACGAUGCAUCGACUGUACAACAGAAGGUGGAUUGGUUUAGUUGAUGGUGAUAGAUAGAUAGACAGGCAGACAAAUAGCGUGAUAGGUGGGUACAAACAGAGCAUGAGAUCUUCGGACAUGAAAAGAAGCCAAAGUGUGAAGGCAAUGAUGAUUGGCAAGAGCUGCAAGCAAUUGUUGAUCAUGUGCUCUCUGCGCAAAAGGGACCUCGGGGCCAACCAAUCUCUGUAGUGUGCAUGGCGGGCAGUAGAGUGCAUGCAUUGGAUCUGCAUCAAGUCCCAUAGAAGAAGAACACAGAGAGAGAGAGAGAGAGAGAGAGAGAGAGAGAGAGAGAGAGAGAGAGAGAGAGAGAGAGAGAGAGAGAGAGAUGGUGUGAGAGGUCGGAGAGAAGUAGUACAAGAAGAAGCAGGGUCGUCUUUAAUCCAUAGCAUAUUGCUUGACGUAAUGUACAACUCGAAAGACAAUGAUCUUUCAAUCUUUUUUUGGGUCAGAGGAUGCGCAGAGGAGGAGCACUCCUUCGGGAAGAAGCAGGGCCGAGCCCAUGCACAAACUUGAUGGAUUUGCGGAUAUUAAACAUAUUUUUUC